UGUUGCUGUAAAACGAUUGUUUUUUCUGCUUUUUUCGGAAUAGACAUUGCGUUUUAUCAUGAUUGUUGGAGUUAAAGUACAAAUUAGUGAAUAUAUAUCGCAGUUUAAGUACUUAUAGCUUUAGCAUUAACCGUAAAAUCUGCUGAAAAUGAUGACAGCGGCAGCACCUGUUGCAGCUCCGGUUGGGGCCGCGGCCCCGUCACAGCCGCAGGGCACUAGGUUCAUGGUGCAAUGGGAGGAACAUCCCAUGCAUCUGGCAACAAGACUCGGCUACCUUCUUGAGCAUCAGUCUCUCGUAGACGUCACACUCAUGUGUAACACACACACUCUCAAAGUCCACCGUUCCGUACUUGCUGCCUGCAGUCCUUACUUUGAGUCUGUACUCCAAAGGCAGUUGGGGAAUCACCCAUUGAUUGUUCUUAAAGACAUGAAAUUUUGCGUUCUGAAAUCUCUCAUCGAGUUCAUGUAUUGUGGAGAAACUAGUGUCACCGAAGAGAACCUGAAUCCUUUGAUGGAAGCAGCUAAAUUUUUUGAGGUGAAAGGUCUGUGUACAAUGUCCAAAGAAGUGCUUGGUGGAGAACGCCCUUCACCUUCUAAACCAGUGACUUCGUCUACAGCUAUCAACGGCGCUACAAGUGGCAGUAUCGCUGAUAUUUUCCCAUCAACCACCUAUAGAGGCAGGGGACGUCGUUCUGGAGGAGCUAGAGGACGCAGAAACUUGGCUACAAUGUUGAUCCCUCCCCCUCAAGGAGCUCCGCAGUCCGAGACGGCUCAAAUCAUGCUUAGCCUUUCCAACAACUCCACUUCACCGACACUACAAACUACCAGCCGUAAUGUAAGAAUCAGUCCCAAUAGUCGCUUAGGACGUUCUUUACAACCUGCCUCCACUAUCCUUGACAGUACAAACCUUCUUCGUAACGGAUCUUUAACAACAACAGAUUUGAAAGCACUUCGAGAACAGCUCAAUCUAGAACCCCGGAGGAGGGGUCGAAGACGUCAGACGUUUGGAAUGGGACGAGGUAGGAUAAAAGAUCUAAGUGACACAAAGUUUGGAAUACAAAAUAUCAAGAAAGAGAUGGAGGAUGUGUCUCACAAAGAUGGACUUGUCUGCAAACCUCUUGAGUCAAAAUUGAAUGUAGUCAACAAUAAUGGAAACAAUGAUGCUCAGAGUCCUUUGUUAGCGUCUUUACUCUCAAAAGCCGAAGCUCUUGCCAAAGCCAAAGUUAAAACAGAAAAUGAAUGUGAUGAAGGGCAGACAACAGAACAGGAAACAAUUAUGUAUCAGUUUGAUGGAGAAUCUAGCGGAGCGACUAAGUACUUGGACGCUCUUAAAGAAGCCGGUCUGCCUACUGAUGUACCUGUAUUGAUUGACAACGGAGAUGGCAACUAUGUGACUUUAACUGAAGAUGUCCUCAUGAAUGUUUUAGGCAACAACGAGGAGUUCCAGUUCCAAGUCACUGAAGCUACACUCGAGCAAGGAGAUGUAAGUGAAGGGGUUGUUUUACAAGAUGGGACCAUCAUGAUGACAGGCAAGAAUGGGAAAUCUGAUAUAUCUGGUCCUCUACUCACCGUUUCCAAGAAACCCAUAACGAUUAAGGGUGUGAGGGAGGUCAAAGGGAAGAGGGGACCAAAACAGAAGCAUCUUAUUGUCAAAGACAUGUUGGCCAAAAAAAAUACUGGAAUUGAGACAAGUCCACAACCAAAAGCUGUUAAAAAAGCUAGCAAUAAAAAAUCUGUCCAAGAACUUAUAAAUGAAGCCGUUCUAGAAAGUUUAAAGAAUGGAGCUGCUAGUGAAGCAGAAGCAGACCCUGAUGCAGUCGUUCUUUUUGAAGUUACUGGCAACGAUAAAGUAAAUAAAUAUGUUGUGUCGUCCAAAGAAGUUAAUGCUCUCAAAGCUAUGAAUGAGCAGAUGGAAAAACAGAAGAAGCUGAAUUCACCAACUGAAAAGAAAUGUGCAUUAUCUUCAACAGUGAUAGAUGGCAACACAAACAUCGCUGAAAUAAAACUUACUGUUCCCAAAAACUCUAGGAAAUCCAUUGUUUCUGAAGUGUUGGCAAGAGCACAAAGUCUAGAGAGCCAAGUGAAAGGUAGUUUGCUCAACGAUGUUCCUGACUCAUCACCAAGUAAGAGUGAUGAAAUCAAAAACGAAGCAAGAUCUCCUCAAAUGCUUGACAUGAGUAUAACAUCAGAUGUUCUAAAUGACAGUUCUCAACUAAUUAACAUUAAUUCAACAAGUGACAAUCUUGAAAAUUCAACUAUGAUAGAUCUUGAGGAAGAAUCUCAAAUUUUGGGUGUAGAUCAUUCUACUGCAAUUUUGGAUGAGGAAAAUUCAAUGGUAGUGUUGAAUGAAGAAAACCAAAUAAUAGAAUUGCAAAAGCAUCAUGAUACCAUCCAUAUGUCUGGAAAUGAGAAUCUAAUUGUUGUGAACGAAAGUGUACAAGACACAAAUCAAGAACAGGUAGAUUCAAUUGAAGAGCCGAAUGAAGAUUCACAGCUUAUGCAAAUUAGUGAAGUUUCUCAAGAAAUGGGACCAGAAGAAGCGUCUGAAGGAAUAAGUGUCAGCGCUGAUGAGACAGACCCUGCGACUAGGAGAGAUAUGCCAUUGCUGGAAAAUGAAUCACAGCUGGUAGAGUUUGAACUGAUCGAUGGGAGUGGCUCAAAAAUAAAAUCUUACAAAGCAUUUACAGUUGAUGGGAACAUAUUAAGUCAAAAAGAAAUAUCUGAACUAUCUAGACUAACCGACCAAAACAAAGAUUCAGAUGUAAUUGGACUUUUAGAUAUGGUGUGUGAGGAAGCAGCAUCAAACGAUAUUGAUAGUCAGGUCGAUGAUGAGAGUGCUAAUAAAGAAAUCAUGCCUUCACAUAAUUCCGUUAACCCAAACAUCACCUCUCUUGAACCGGAUUGCUCGUCAUUCAAAGUGGUGGAAGCGGAGAAAGGGUGUUAUAACCUAGUCCCAGUAGAAAAAGACUUUAGUCAAAGCACUGGGAACUUGUUGAAGUACACUGUUAUGUCCGAGAAAGUGGAUUUUGAAGGAGAUGAAUCAACAAGCUUUAAUGCAUCAGGCACAGAGCAUUUGGUGUUGGAAGAAGUACAAAACAUGAAUACUGCUAGUUUAAACUCAACUGAGAUGUCCUUAGACGGUGGAGAAUGUCAGGAGUUGUCUGUUGAACAAGCCCUACAAGCUAUGAUGGGCGAUGAAAACAGUACUGGUAUAGAGACCCAAGAUUUUUCCCAAGGAGACGAGGAAAAAAUUGUAAACGACGAAAAACCGUUAACCGAGGAUCCUAGUGUACAUUCAACGGAAGGUGAAACAUCACAUAAUAAUGUUGAUACGCAAAAAUUCGAGUUUGUGUAUGAAACGUCAGAAAACCCUGUUAAUGAGGAAGCUGCUAUUUCCGCUCUAAAUCCCCUACCUGAAACCAGUACUAGUGAUGUUCUGUCUAAUAUGAUAAUAACGAAAUCAGAGGAGACUUCUAAAGAAGCUAAUGAGAACCCUACAAUUGUCUCUCCGACAAAAGAUGUACCAUUCGCUGUUGGUCUUCUACCUUUAAAAGAUGCUCUUGUCCAAAUACAGUCAACUCCUGAUCAUCAGCCCCGAAAAACAAGGUCAGGAAGUACUAGUAAACCAGAAGUCAUAGGAGCUAAAAGGAGAUCAUCUUCAGAAAAUUCAUCAGAUGGUCCUAGUAAAAGAAGAAAAAGUUUUGAAGACGGAGAUAUUCCUACUACCCGCAAUGAAGAGGAAGAAAGUGUUACGUGAGCGUUUUUUUGGUAUUUGAACCACUCUUAAUCCAAGUUUUUUUCAGGUUUUUUGUUUUGUUUUUAUCUAAUUGAUGAACAGUUUUAUUUUUGUUUGGCGGGUUUUUUGUCUUUGUUAACUGUUAUGAUGAGUUAUACUGUACAUAACAGAUUCUGUUGCUGUUAAUAAAAUUUUAACAGGGAAUAUGUAAAGUGUAAAUACUCUUAAUUUAUUCUCUCACAUGUCUUAUGAACAUCACAGUUGUAUGCCAUAAUGUAUCAUGUUAAGAAGAUUGUGUUGGUUAAAACCAACUCGCAAUUUUAAUUUUUUACAAUGUUAUCUAAUUUUGUAUUAGAUAGUACACUCAGUCAUCAAUUUAAGUUUUUUUUUAUCUUUAAUAAAGUUUGUUUUUCACCAA